GGAAGUGAUAUCAUUGCCUCUAGCCCCUCCUUUGUGCUCAGGUGAACAGUGGGCGGGGCCACACUGAAGUAUAAGCAAGAGGAAGAAGGAGGAAGUGUUGAACAUAAGCAGGCAGGUUUGUGUGUGUGUGUGUGUGUGUGUUUGUUUGUGUGUUGGAGAGGAGCAAAGAAAAGGAGUCUGACACUGCUUUUCUUGGGUAUGGACGUCCCAGAUUCUCCUCAUGGGAAUAUGGGACUGUUACGGACCUUUGACUCCUCUGAGUUUGGCAGCUGGGAGAAAAUAGGCUCAGGUGGUUUUGGACAAGUGUACAAAGUCCGGCACGUCCAGUGGAAAACAUGGCUGGCUAUGAAGUGUCCUCCCUGCCUUCACAUGAAUGACAAGGAUCGUUCAGAGCUGCUGGAGGAGGCAAGAAAAAUGGAAGCGGCCAAGUUCCGGUACAUCCUGCCUGUUUAUGGGAUCUGUGAAGAUCCUCAAGGCCUCGUCAUGGAGUACAUGGAGACGGGAUCACUGGAGACCCUGCUGGCCACUGAGCCGUUGCCAUGGGAGCUCCGUUUCCGUAUCAUCCACGAGACGGCAGUGGGAAUGAACUUCCUGCACUGCAUGAACCCUCCUCUGCUCCACUUGGACCUGAAGCCAGCCAACAUCCUACUGGACGCCCACUAUCAUGUUAAGAUAUCAGAUUUUGGUCUGGCGCGGUGGAACGGCCUGUCACGUGCUGAUGACAUCAGCAGAGAUGGAUUCUGUGGAACCAUCGCUUACCUGCCUCCAGAGAGCAUCAUUGAAAAGGACAGGGUUUCUGACACCAAGCACGACGUCUACAGUUUCUCCAUCGUCAUCUGGGGGAUUCUCACACAGAAGAAACCUUACCAAGGAGAGAAUAAUAUCCUGCAGAUCAUGGUGAAGGUCGUGAAGGGGGUGCGCCCAGACCUGAGUGCGGUGCCACGCUGCCGUCCUUCAGCCUGCACAGGGUUUAUGAUCCUCAUGGAACACUGCUGGGCCACAAACCCCAAUGACAGACCCAGCUUCCAGGAAAUCACAUCUGAAGCUGAGGAACUCUGCUCUAAACCUCAAGACGAGCCCAAAAGUCCAACCUCAGAGUCUGCACCUUGUAACACAUUCACAACGGAUCAGGUAGAACAUAAUCACAGUUGUUGA